AUGGACGACCUUCUCCGAGCAGCCCGGUGGGGUCUCCGGAUCUUGCUGGCGGAUGCUCUCCGCCUCGCAAAACGUUUGUCACGGGCACGCAGGGCCUUCGUCCCCGUGGCGCUGCUUUUCCUGGCGCUGCUGCUGCGGCGCCUGCGGCACCGCCGUGGGCCGCGACAGCUGCAACCACUGCUGCCACCAAGGCUUCCUGAGACUUUGACAAGAUCGCUUCGCAGCUUCGAUGCCGUGGUCGUGUUGGGACCCGCUGCGGGUGCUGGGCCGGGCAGCAGCUUGGAGCGUUGGCUCGAGGCAAUGGCAGACGUCCCCUUCACUGCCAUCUUGACCGAAGGCUGGUGCUCCGAGUUUGAUGACCACUUCCCUCACUCCGUCGGGAAGAACUUUGGCGGCUACGCCACCAUCCUGUCCAAGCCCAGAGUGGACAAGCCGCCUGGGAGCUCUCGCCCCGUGCUGAGGCUACGCGGUGCCGGCCUCGGCCUGGAACCCGACGAGCCGACAGAUGAGUCCUUCCUCGUGUUUCUGCGAGACCUCUUCCAGUCCAAGCAUGCGCUGCUGGUGGGCUGGCCCAUGCUGCCGCCCGGUGGGCUCUUAGGACGAGCCCUGAAGGACGCCUGGUCUCAGACCCGCCGGCGCGACGCACGGCGCACGGAGCCCUUGGCCAUGGCACUGGCGGCGCCGGGCACGACCCGGGAGCGCUGCUUCGAGGAUUACGGCCUGGAGAUCAUCGUUGCCGAGAGCGCUCUCGGCACCUUUGCAGAGCAAUGCUUUCAGUCGCCUGCAGAUCUCGAGAUCUCCAAUCUCCCCAGCUUCCCAGGUUUUGGAAGCCUCUUAGACAGCCCUCCUGUCGAAGCGAUGCACCCAGGCCAAGGCCUCCCAAUGUCCUGCUCCCCAGCGCUGAAGUCGCAGGUCAGCGUCGCAGAGAGCGGAGUUCUCCCGAUCGGAGGAGAGGCUCGAGCCCCUCCGGAAGCUCACGGACCGAUCGCCACAGCCCUCGCAGAGGUCUGUAAAGAAGCUCCCGGCAACUGGCUACCGGUGAUGCCGGCUCCUGACCUCCGACCAGCCACCUUACCAUCGGCUAAAGUGUUUGUAGAGGCUGUGGCGCAACUGCUUGAUGUAAGUCAGUUCUCGUCAGUGCCUUUGCGCCUUCUGCGUGUCGCCAGAAUCACCAAAAGCUCCCGGCGGCUAGGCUACCGCAAGAUCAUGGGUGGGGCGGACUUGAUGCUGGCUAUUUGUCCUCCGUGGGCAUCGGACGCGGACUCCAUUGGAGCCGCUUCUUCAGCCACGUGGCUGCGGGUCUUCGUGAGACCAGGCAGCUUCGUCGAGGCUGCCCAUGCAGACCCGAAGAACGCACUCACCGUGACCGGCAAAGGAUGGCGACGCGGCGUCUUCCUCUUAGCUCCCGGUCACUUCACCGGGAUUUUCCAGCCCACGGAUGCCUUCUCUCCGCGCCACCUCGGCCCGCUCCCCAAGGACGUGCAGGAGAUGUGCAAGACCAUCGGGGUGAAGGAUCUGAGCGCGCUCAUGGAAGAGACGAUUCCUGCCUCCGUGCGCCGUGAGCAGGAGCUGGACCUCCCUGACGGCUCGCUCGGCGAGUCUGGAUCGCUGGCUCUGCUCAAAGAAAUGCUGAGCAAGAACAUCGUCGCGAAGAAUUUCAUUGGCAUGGGCUAUCAUGGCUCCCACAUUCCAGGGCCUAUCUUGCGAAACCUUUUGGAGAACCCGGGCUGGUACACGGCUUACACCCCCUACCAAGCUGAGAUCUCACAGGGGCGGCUCGAGUCCCUGGUGAACUUCCAAACGCUUGUCUGCGAGCUUACCGGCAUGGAGGUGGCGAACGCAUCCCUCCUUGACGAAGGAACUGCAGCAGCGGAAGCAAUGGCCAUGAUCGCUCGGGCCGUGAACUCCAAGACCAAGAACCAGUUCUUCAUCAGCGACGCUGUGCAUCCUCAGACGAUCGACUGUAUCAAGACGCGUGCGCGCUACUUCGGCAUGGAACUGGUCAUCGGAGACCAUUCCAAGAUGGAUUUUGCCUCCAUGGACAAACUCUUCGGGGCCUUGGUCCAGUACCCGGACACCAAGGGCCGAUUCGAUGAUUACUCGAGCAUGGCACAGGCCCUUCACAAGAAUGGAGCCUACCUGACCGUCGCUGCUGAUCCGCUUUCGCUGGUAGUGGCCAAGCCUCCCAGCGAGUUCGGUGCCGACGUGGUUGUCGGCUCAAUGCAGCGCUUCGGCGUGCCCAUGUGGUUCGGCGGACCCUCCGCCGCAUACCUGGCCACGUCGAAGAAGCAGGUCAGGCGCAUGCCGGGUCGAAUCAUCGGCGAGUCGCUGGACAGGCUGGGCAAUCCAGCCUACCGACUCACGCUGCAGACGCGCGAGCAGCACAUCCGGCUAGACAAGGCCACAUCGAAUGUGUGCACUGCACAAGUCCUUUUGGCGAACAUUGCCGCGAUGUACUCCGUGUAUCAUCGUAAGGAAGGGCUCCAGAAAAUCGCCAAGAAGGUCCACGGCCUAGCACAGCUCUUCGCCAGCGAGGCGGGAAAGGCUGGCAUGGCGGUUGGUUCCGGGGCCUUCUUCGACACGGUCACCAUCGAUGCAGGGAAGUCUGCAAAGACUGUGGUGGAGGCUCUGCAGGCCAAGCAGCUGAACCUGAGGGCAUUUGACGAUGGCACGGUGUCUGCUUCCUUUGACGAGACGCACCUGGAGGCGGAUGUCCACGCCUUAGUCACAGCGCUCAAGGAGGCAGGUGUGGGUGGCUCCAGCCCCACGGCUGGCAUGACGGUGAACGGACAGAUCGACGGUGCUUUCGCUCGUUCCGGGCCUUUCUUGGAGCAGAAGAUCUUCAACUCGAUCUCUUCCGAGACCGAGCUGAUGCGCUACUUGAUGACCCUGCAGAAGAAGGAUUUGGCUCUGGACGUCUCCAUGAUCUCCCUCGGCUCCUGCACCAUGAAGCUCAACUCCGUGUCCUCUUUGGCACCCUGCAGCUGGCCCGAGGUUGGCAACAUGCACCCAUUCGCGCCCGAGAGCCAGACGGCGGGCUAUCGGGAGAUGUUGACAUCCCUGGAGAAGUACCUCAUCAGCUGCACAGGCUUUGAUGCCUGCUCCCUGCAGCCGACCAGCGGUGCCUCCGGCGAGUAUGCGGGCUUGCUGGUGAUCAAGAAGUACCUCGAGGCCAAGGGCGAAGGCCACCGCGAUGUGUGCAUCAUCCCAAGGUCUGCGCACGGCACGAACCCGGCUUCUGCGGCUAUGUGCGGCAUGGAGAUCAAGUGGAUCGAGGAUUCUCGGGGCAUGGACCUCGAAGAGUUCAAGGCGCUCUGCGCAGAGUACAAGGACCGGCUGGCGUGCUUGAUGGUCACUUACCCCUCCACGCGGGCCUUCUUCGAGGACAACAUUCAGGAGAUUUGCGCCACCGUCCACGAGAACGGUGGGCAGGUUUACAUGGACGGCGCGAACAUGAAUGCUCAGCUGGGCCUGACGUCCCCGGGCAUCAUCGGCGCCGACGUGUGCCACUUGAACCUGCACAAGACCUUCAGCAUCCCCCACGGAGGUGGCGGCCCAGGUCUCGGCCCCAUUUGUGCGAGGAAGCACUUGGCACCCCACCUGCCAGGCCACUGCGUGGUGAACCCUUCCACAGCGGGCUCCGACCCAGCUGGUGCCGUCUCGGCAGCUCCGUGGGGACAGGCCGGCAUCGCGUGCAUCCCAUGGAUGUUCUGCACCAUGUUGGGCAAGCAGGGCGUGCUGGAUAGUGGGCGAUACUCCAUCCUGAAUGCCAACUACAUGAAGUCUCGGCUUGAACCUCACUUCGACAUCGCUCCCACCAACAAGAACAACCGAUGUGCGCACGAGUUCAUCAUGGACUUCUCCGAAAUCCGGAAGAGGUCUGGCAUCGUCGAGGAGGACAUCGCGAAGCGGCUCCAGGACUAUGGUUUCCAUGCACCGACCAUGUCCUGGCCCGUUCCUCACUCCUUGAUGAUCGAGCCCACCGAGUCCGAGGACAAGGCCGAGCUGGACCGGUUCUGCGACGCCAUGAUCUCCAUCCGGAAGGAGAUUGCAAAGAUCGAGUCUGGCGAGUGGCCGGCCGAUGACAACCCCUUGAAGAAUGCACCCCACACGCAGCAGGAGGUUUGCGCUUCUGAAUGGAAGCACUGCUACUCUCGGGAGGAAGCCGCCUUCCCCGCGGCGUGGCUGCUGAAGCGUGGCAAGUACUGGCCGACAGUCGCUCGUGUCGACAACUCUCUUGGUGACCGAAAACUCAAGCUGCGCUUGGAGGCAUAA